AUGUUCCAGAACUUUUUAUUCCAAGUAUCCUAAUUUUGGUCAUAUCUACAUUUCUUAAUCUUUGCUUUACAUUUAUAAUUUUUAUGAAUGAAAUUCAAUCCAAUAUUGAAUUUUGUAAUUGGUUUGUGGGAAAUGUAAAAGUUGUAUCAAUUUGUACAUUAUUAUCUUAUCCUGAUAUUAAAGCUUUAAAUCUUUUAACUUCACAAAUUGGUAAUUUCAAAGUUUUUACUGCUCCAUUCUCUGAAAGAGCUGACAUAUGGAUUUAUUAUG